AUGAUGUCCGCCUGCGCGCGCCGGCCGUUCCGGCUGAACAGCUCCUGCUGCCGGCCGCUCCACAUGACGUCCUCCCCCUUGCUCACGGUAACAGUGAUCGGGUACUCGUCGAUCCUGUUCCCGACCACGUUCGCGUCCGGAUGCACCUGCAGGAUCGCGGCCUUCGCGGCCUCGAACUCCUGCAUGCCCCCGUCUCAGUUGGAGCAGAACGUCACGGUGUACGUGUCACCGCUGGCGACGCUCAUGCCCGAAGAUGCGGCGCGUACCUUGUCCAUCACCUUCCCGAGUAUGGACGCGCGCGGCGGGGCCGCGGCGACGCGCCCGCGGUGGACGGCGGGGUUCGACCCGCGCGGGUUGAGGAGUCGCCGCGCGGACAGCGCCGCGGCGGAGCUCAGCGUGAACGCCGACAUCCGUGCAGUUCGUGGCGCGGCUCCGAACUGGUCUCUAUAG